GUCGGUAGGCUCUGCGGUUGUUAAAGAACCGGCGAGGCCGCGAGGGACGAGAAAAGGUUUGAGAGAGCCUCUCCGGCGUUCUCGUCUGAUGGAAUUCCGCCUUCGCGAUUACGAAGGAGAAGAGAUCGCCGCCGCGCUCCCUCGCGUGCCUGCCCUCGAUCAUCCACUCGCUCCGUGCCCUUUCUCGUCGUCCCAGUCCCAGGGUGUUGCUGGUUGUGAGAAGGUUGAUUUUGAUGACCCUUUAAGAGUACGGACCACCGAUGUAGCAGAAUGUGUUGAAGAUGGAAAACAUGUUGAUGGUGAUUUGAGAAGAAUCCUUUCUAGUGAAGAUGGUCAUUUGUCAACAAAAGAAUGGGCUCUUUUCAAAAGUUCCUUGAUGCAGAAGUUCUCCUGCAGCAACAUGAUAUCUGUUUCAUUUACAUCAGAUAUUUUGGCAAGAAACAGCAAAGAAUAUAAGACUUUGGCAGAUAUGCAUAUGGAGGAGCUGGAUGACCCAGAAAUGGUUGUGAGGGAGGAGAAAAAGGUAAUCACGAGGCAGGAAUAUGUUUCACGAUUACAAGAACUUAAAGGUGAAAUUUCCCAAGCAUGGAGGGCUGAUGAUCGCAUCAAAGCUCUGAAGUUAUCCAUCAAGGUUGCAAGGCUUUUAUUAGACACAUCUGGUUUUCAGUUUUAUCCUACACUAUUUGUUUUAGUUAUAGAUAUAAUGGAUAUGCUUGGUGAUUUGGUGUGGGAGCGCAUUAAGAGGAAGGCUGAAUAUGCUGAUGAUGGGACAUUGAUAUAUUCUUUGCCUGAGAAAUUUCAAUCUGCUGAUAUAUGUUCUGAAGCAAAAGAGACCUGUUAUAACUGGUUCUGUAAAAUUGGAUCAAUUCGUGAGCUUCUUCCUCGCAUAUACUUGGAACUUGCCAUUUUACGCUGCUGGCGCUUCCUGGGAGACAAUUUUUUGUUAAAUCUUCAGCGCUUGGCUAUGAUGAUGAGAGGGGUGGCAGAUCCACUUGCAUCUGCCUUUUGUCAUCUUUAUAUGGCCCACUGUGCAAGAACACUGCAUCCAAUAGACAUAGGAUAUUUGAUCAUGUCCCUUAGUAAUAUCGGAAUUCUACUGCAACGUAUUAUUGUGGAUAAAGAAACAUUUAACAGCCAUUAUUACAAGAAUAAGAAAAUGCUAAUAAGCUUAAUGGAACCUGCAAUUGAGUGGAUCAUGAAGUGCAUCUUUAUGGAUGGUUAUCAGAAAUCUGGUAAUCUCAUUUCGAAGUUUGGAAUUGGGGGGAAUCUAUUACAAUCAACCUGGAAUAUCCCAUGUAUUUCAGUUAUUUUGCAUUGUCUGCUCAAACAACUUCCAGCUGAGGUGGUCAGCAACAAUGCUUUGGAGAUUGCAGAGCUUUUUGAGAAAACUAUAGAUAUCUCACUUGAUCAGCAUUUCAAUUACAGGCUGCUAGGAAAUAAAUUAUGUGAGAGUCAUCCCCCUGUCCCUUCUGCCGGACCUGUAUUGGACAAAGUUAUCCAGGUGAUUUCUCAAUACAAUAACCUUAACGAGUACUUGAUAGUAGCAGAUGCUUAUUUAGACAUCAUCCUUCAAUAUUCAAUGGACUACUAUCUAUCUGUCAUUUUCGAUGGCAUUUUGAAGCGAGCAAAAAUCAAAAGAGCUGAUGAAAAUGAAUUGGAGAGUCUGCAGUCUGUUCUUGUUAAACUUGUCGAUCACUUUGAUGCAUUGGAAGAUGCUUUUGCUUUGAACCACUUUUUGGAGAUUCUUGAUCUGCUGUAUGGAAGCGCACGCGACAUAACCAGUAUGCAUAUUCUUCUAAAGGCAACAAGGACUGGUCAUGUUUGUGAUCCUAGAGCCAUACAAUUUCUCUUUGAAAUAUCUCAAGCCCUUCAUGAUAGCAUUGAUAUUUCAAACACAAAUGAUGAUUAUCAACAAAGGGCGUUCCUCAUAACUCGUUUUGUUCACUUGGUUGAUUUUGGAGCUGAAAUAGAACGUCAUUUAACAUUUUUAAUCGAAUGCCGUGCAGCUUUUCAUCAUAUUGAUGAGCUUAAGGAUACUCUAGUUCAUUUGAGCAACAAUCUAGCAGUCAAAGCAAUUAAAGACACAGACAAGUACUUGAGUUUUCUUAAAUCUUGUCUAGCUUUUAAUGAAGUUACGAUUCCUUCCAUUUCCAACAGCAUAAGGUGCAUGACUCUUUAUCUUGAGACUGCUGAGGUUGCAUUAUUUGGUGGCUUAGAUUCUCAUGCAGAAGGACUUGUUAAUUCAGCUAUCAACUGCUUGCAAUGUUUAAACAUCACAGCUGGUUUUCACAAAUCAGUCGAUGUGGAUCAAAUUCUGUCAUUAACAUGCAAAAUGUGCAGUCUAUUAGUUAUGAUACCAGGUAUUCAUGAAGAAGGGAUUGCUUUCUUUGCACGAAGCUUAAUAUCGGUUUUAAAUUAUCAGUCAUCGACAUCAUCAAGAAUUAAAGUAAAGAUAUUCUGUGCAGUCAUCUUUCUGUCUGCAAGUCUGUCUCAAUACCGGCUUCCUUACCAUGCAAUCAAUGCUGAGUAUCUGUCCAGGUUGUGGGCAAUGAUCAGUUAUUCUAUGGAGAGCCAUCCUACCAUCAAGAGCUUUCAUCCAUCUCCACUCUUGCUCUUCAGAAUCUGGAUGAUGCUAUUGGAGAAGAAUCUCAUUUGGUUACACGAGGAAGCUUGGCUCUUGAAGCUUGUAAUUGCCUACUCACAUGUUUUAACGGAAGUUGUGAACUAUUUUUGAAAUGCUCUGGACUGAUUGAGAUUGCCAAGUCAUGUUUGCAUCCAAAGGAUAAGUAUCUACAAUCAACGGUUAACUUCUUUGAUAAAUGCUCCAAAAAGAAAGAAGUUGCCUUCAGUUAAAAGAGGAUCGUUUGUUAGUUCUUCAUAUUGUCAUAAUAAUUUUUUUUACUCAUUUCCAUGUAAACCUUUCAUGCCGAGAAAAGGUCAGACUAGUUAACGAACCUAAAAGAGCUUGGUCUAUUUUUUUUCCCAGUCCAUCUGUUUAUAUUGUUGGCUGAUUGGCUCCUUUUUAUUGCAACGUCUUAAAAAAUAGGUGAAACGGGUUAUGUUUCUAAUGAAUUUUGUGAAAUUCUGUCAUAGGGCAUCUCUAUUUCAUGCCA